CUUUCCUUUAAAGGUUCAAAAUAGUUAUCCACAUCAACGAUUUGUUAUAAAUAGGUUGAUUUUAAUGAUUUUAAUAAGCAUUAUAUAAUCUCAAUUAAACAUGAGCCUCCUGUUUGUUUUUGUUGCUGUGAAUAAACGCGCAAUAAAUGUAAACCGCAGUGAAACAAACGACUUGCGGCGAAACGACGCACACGAACUUGUACAUAUAACCUGCAUCUGUUAAUCAUUGUUGGUUCCGCCGCUGAAAUCAGCUGAUUUUGUUUUCUAAACGAAAAUAUACACAUUUUCAACCAUUAAUCCUUUUAAACUACCAAGAAAAUUAUUUCAGUUAAAUAAGAUGCAACCAAAAUAUGAAGUUCCAAUUAUUCCACACAAUCUCCGACGAGAAGAGACAAUCAUCCAGAUAGCAGAAGCCCUGCAAUAUCUCUCUGAUGUAUCCACUGAUAUCUUCAAAAGAAUAGACUCUCGAAUAGCUGCAAACAAAACUCAGGUGACAAAUAUUUCUGAUCGAAUAGCAACAGCCAGCACGAAAUUAAACAAACUUGCUGGUGCUAAAAAAGCAACACAAGUGUUCUCGAGCAGUAAAUACCCAGCUGAAAACAUCAACAGGCAAUACAAAUCAAUCUUUGACCAGAAACAAGUACUGCCAAUCAAAAAGUUUGACUAUGAGUACAAAUCAUCACAAGUUGGUGAUGAAAAUCUGGAAGCUUUACAGUUUUAUUAUGUUAAAGUGAAAGCAAAAGCUGAGAAAUCUUCAACACAAAGCAUUCAAGGUUUGGGAGAGCUACCGAGUGAUCUAGAGACAAUCAAUGACAUACUACUCUUUAAUACUGGCAGGAAUGCAUAUGAUAAAGAGAAAAGUCUUGAUAGAUCUAAUAAUAGCUUGUUAAAUACCAACAGAAAAGGAAGAGAUGAUUCUGAAGUUGAUAUUGGCGCAGCGCCGUUUUCUAUGUCACAGGGACAAGGUUUGGGCAUGCAAAAAAUCCAAGGCGAGAAUUAUUUCUACUCACCUCAUCUGGGUAAUGUACCAACUAUUGAUGUACCGCUUGAUUUGCCUGAUUUACCGGGCAUCGCUGAUGAUUUACGGUAUACAAUUGAACAGGAACCAAAUAUUGCACCUUCAGUCUCUGUUAUGAACUUGCAUUUAGGGAAUACUAUUCCUGAUCUGCCUGAAAUUGAAGAUAACACUGAAGAAAAACAUCAAAAUUUGCAAACUCAUGCAGAAAUUGAAAAAAAUGAUAACAAAGUAGUUACUAAUACAGCACCAGCAGUUGAUAAUACACAAACUGUAGUUUCUGUGCCUUCUGCAGCAACCACAACAGGUCAAGAAGUUAAAACUGUUAAACAGAAUGUUGUAAAUAAAGAAUCAAAUGUUAAAAAAGAAGAAACGAAAUCAGAAACAUCUAAGCCUAAAUCCAUGCCACCGAUUGCAGGAGAUAAUGCAAGGGCUAGUUUAAUGGACGCGAUUCGAAAUGCAGGCGGUUCAAAGAGUUUGAAACACAAAGAAGAAAGUCCUGCUCAGAAUAAAAAGCAACCUGAACCUACCGGUGACUUAAUGGCGGAUCUACACGCAAAAUUAUCAAUGCGUCGUAAAGGAAUUUCUGGUAAUAAACCCGAAAAUCCGACUGCGAUGGAUAAGAUUUCGGAGAUGAUUCCGCCACCUCCAGCAACGCAGAGUGAUAAAUCAUCUGCGGAGGAAGAAGAUUGGGAUGACUAGCAAUUUAUUACAUAAAUAUGUUGAAGUUUAUAUAAAGUUAAAGGAUAUUAUUGAGGUUAUGAUGAAAUUACAUAGUUAUCUGCAAGAUAUUUGUUAAUUUAAAAGUUAUAAUGAUUUAAUUUAAUUUUUCUGCACUUAUUAGCAUUUCAUCGAAAUCAAAAUAGUUGAAGUUUAUGGUAUUUAUUUAGAAUGUCAUGAAUUUUGUUUACAAUGAUAUAUAAUAUGCAUUGUAAAAUGUAAUGUCGGUUAUCUAAGUUAUUGACGCAUUAAACGCGCAUAUGAAACAUUGAA